AUGCAUUCUCAACAGCAGCAGCAAUUUCAUCGUCCUGUAGCAAGCUCAUCAUCUAAUCUACCUCGAUUGCAUAAUCCUGAACCUAGCCAUCUCUGCCGUCAUCAUCCCGAUCAAAGCAAUCCUCAUUCGUUGUCUUUUUCCAACUCUAGAUUUGUGAAUCGGUAUGCCCACGUCCCACUCCUAACAUUCCUUGGUCCUGAAUGUUAUACACAUUUAGUUUAUGAUUUACAAGUAGAUCAUAUCAUUUGUUUGAAAUUCGGAAUCUCUAGAGCUUUAAGUUUAGCAAUUGUCUUAGGUUCUGCAAUUGUUAAAAUCCCUCAAAUCCCUCAAAUCUUUAAGUCUCAAUCGGCUCGUGGUCUUAGUUUAAGUAGUUUCAUCUUAAAUACUUUAGGAUUAAUUAUCAUUAUGGGAUAUAAUUAUAGACAUGAUUUUCCUACUUCAACAUACGGUCAGUCAUCUUAUUUCAUUAAAGGUUGA